AUGUCCAGGUCCAUCAGCAUCGCCCGCAGGCCGACCCUUCCUCUCCCGCGCCGCCCUCGUCCGCGCAGCGCGAGCCCCAUCAAGACUGUCGCUAGUCUUGCACAUCUGGAGAAACCUGUUCAGGUCGUCGCGCUAGGGAACACCGACUACAAAAGCACGCUACCCGAGCAUGUAUGGAGCCUGUACCGAGAUAUCUGGCGGAGUAUGAAUGCGGGCUUUAUACCGGAAUCGAUCAAGAAGGAGUUCCUCGAUGCCUGUGGAAGUGACGCAGAUCUGGUGCCGGACACAUGGUUCGCCGCGGCCGGACCGGGCGAGACUCAGGACAAGGCCACACGCCUGACCGAGCUCUAUCACCUGCGGUCCAUCCAGCUUGUUGCCGGAGAGUCGAUGCAACGCGGCCGCAGCGAGCCGUCCUGGAACCGCAAGGUCCACCAGCCUUUGUUGGACCUGGCAUGUGAGGAUGGGAUCGGGAUGCUAGAUCCAUCAUACCAGCUCGCGGCGGCGGCGCAGCCGUACCGCGUGAGGGCUGAGGAUAUCUCCACGGCGACUCUGACCGGCGACUGCAUCCCCCGACUCUACACUGAGGCGCCUUCCGAGACCGCAUCGCUAACCUCCAACGGCGAUCUCUCCAGUGGCCAUCAUGGCGAUGCAAAUGUGUUCCGCGACGGCCACACCCAUAGCAGGUUCGGCUCUAAGAAGGUCGAUUUUGCCUUGGUAAUCUCGCCGGCGCACGGCACGCCGCUCCAGAGGACAAUAUGGCGUGUCCUAGACGGCUUGGGCGUCCAGGCCCUCGUUGCCGCCAACACCAACGCUGCGGCCCCCGAGGGCUCUGCCACCAUGCCCGUGCCGUCGCAGUCGAUCAACCCAACGGCAUAUGUACCUCUGUUGCAGGAUCCGAUGGCCGUGGCGAUUGAGACUAAGACGGUCACCUCGUCGAAGGACCCUUUGGUCCAGCUGGGUUUUAUGGUCGUCGCGCUUCACAGGCGGCUGGCUACCCUCUCAGGCUCGGACCGUCUCUUACCUCUGUGCGGGAUUCCCACCCUUCCCGUGAUCUUCUGUGGUUGA